AUGGCGGGUGUGUGGAGGCUGAGUGCCCGCUGCGGAGUCCAUGGCGGCCGGGCUCUCCUGCUCCGAGCCCCGGUGGGCAGACCUGCUCACCUCGCAGCCUUUCUCCAGGACCGGCCCGCCCCGGGGCGGCGCGGAGCACAGCGCAUCCACCUGCCCCCCGGCCGCCCUGCUCUCCGCUGGACCAGUGAGAGGGCGGUCAGUGCUCUGCUCCUGGGCCUGCUUCCGGCGGCGUAUCUGUGUCCUGCUCCCGCGGUGGACUACUCCCUGGCCGCGGCGCUCUCCCUCCACGGCCACUGGGGCCUGGAGGAAGUUGUCACUGACUACGUUCGCAGGGACGCAUUGCAGAAAGCCGCCAAGGCGGGCCUCUUGGCUCUCUCGGCUCUCACCUUUUCUGGGCUUUGUUAUUUCAACUAUCACGACGUGGGCAUCUGCAAAGCUGUUGCCAUGCUAUGGAAGCUCUGA